UACUCAUUGGCCAUAAGGCGGAUGUGAAUAUUACAACCGGUCAUCCAUUCGGAAGCCCGCUACAUUUCCUUUUCCGCAUGCGUCCCGACGAAGAGUACUUCAGCCAGACAGCAGACCUUCUUCUCCAAAACAAGGCGAACGUCAAUGCCCAAACUCGAGCGGGUUUACUCCGUUAAUGAGGUACCUGUGCCAGUAUCGAGUUCUUUCAAUGCCUUCUUUUUCAGCACCGACAAGUGUAUUGGCAAGAUUUAUAGAGGAGACGUCACCGGAUCUCACCAACUGUUUCGGCAAAACCGCCUUGCACUACGCCGCCUUUUAUCCCGGAACAUUCGACAUGACCAAAAGGCUUUUAGAAGCUCAGGCGAAUCCUCUUGCACGCGACCACCUUGGACAUACUCCGCUGCAUUACAGUCUCCUCAGUGAAGAACGAGAGUUGGUGAGAAGCAGCACAACGUGGACUGAACGGGUCCAAACUUUGAUGCGGGCCAUUUUCCCAGAGAACCGACAACGUGCCCUGUCCGAAGCUAUCCUUGCAGCGGUAAAGACAGGACUGGAAGUACAGUUGGAUAUGGUGCUGAAUGAGAAAGAAGAGGGUCUCAAUCUUCUUCUUGACAUCCCCGAUAACAGCGGAUACCAGGCCUUGGACAUUGCCUAUUCGUUUGGGAAAGAAUACGAAUCGGCUACCCAGAAGAUCAUCGCGUUGGGAGGCAAAACAGGGUCGAAUGAUAAAAAGAAGAGUCCCACUCGAUGGAACAAGGAUGAUAGGAGCGAGCAUCUUCACGUUUCAGAGGAUGGAAUGGAGGUAUCUUUCGUGGCAUAUUCACUAGCUCCCCGCUAUAUCAUGGGAGCAGUGCGGGCGGAUCAUCCGAUACCCACUCACAGAAGGCACUUUUAUUUUGAGGUAGAAGUUGUCGAGCUACCCGUACGCGAGAUCUGGGAUUAUAGGUCUGGAUUGUAAGUCCCACGGGUCUGAAACUUCCUCCUCUUACGACCAAAUGCGAACUGACCCUGCAUUACCACAAAGUCUCGGCGCGGUCGCAAUUGGCUUCUAGACAGAGCAGUGCACAUUACGCAGUUGCGCAGGCUGGGAAAGAGGCUCAUGGGGUUAUCGUAAUGAUGAUGGGGGGGUGUAUAACUUCAGCGAGCACGUGUUGGAGGGCUCACUUGCUACACA